UUAUCUUUGGUGUUUUCCUUUGGAGUAGAAAUUCAGGAAGAAGGAAACAAUACAUGUGAAAACGAUGAAGUUGUACGUUAUAUGUGCUGUCUUUAUUGUUUCUCUGACAGAAGCAAAGAACCCAGGUCUAAAAACAAGAAUUACAGAUGCUGGUUUAACUUACGCUAGCCAAGUAGCCAUUGAACAGCUAUCAAAAUCUGCAAAAGGUCAGAAAAUUCCUGACCAGAGUGGCCGUUCUGGUGAUGUUAGUUAUGAAUUGUCAAACGUGGUGAUAGAUAGUUUCAGUAAUCCGUCGGGUAGUAUUACAGUAACAGCAGAUGGACUGAAUUGGAAAUCUGAUGGAUUAGGGCUGUCCAUUUCUGGACACUUCCAUUACAAAUAUCAUGGCAUUAUACCGAUAUCAGAUAGUGGUAACAUAGAUGUGUCUGUCAGUGGAGUCAAUUUCAAUGUUGGAAUUUCUUUAGGAGUGGAUGGCACAGGUCGACCAAAGAUAGCCUCAAGUGGAUGUAGCUGUGGUAUAGGUUCAUUAGAUGUCCACUUCCACGGUGGUGCUGCAUGGAUCUAUAAUCUCUUUAAAGGAGUUGUUGAGGAUGCAUUAAAGAAACAACUAAAUGGACAGUUAUGUACCAUUAUAGAUAAGGCAGUGAAUACAGAUGCCAGUCAGGCAUUGGCUAAACUGAAAGUGACAGUAGACAUAGCUAAGAUGUUUAUGUUGGAUUACAGAUUUAUAGGAAGACCAUCAUUUAAUCCAGGACAAUUUCUGGAGACAUACCACAAGGGAGAAGUUUAUUGGACAGACAGUAUGACAGAGGCACCAUUUGACCCCCCUUCCAUGCCAUCCAUCAGCAGUACAAACAAGAUGUUCUACAUUUCCAUGUCAGAUUAUGUGUUUAAUUCAUUGGCCUAUGAAGCUCAAAUUCACAAGAUGUUACAGUACAAUCUGACACAAAAAGAUCUGCCAGCUAAAGAAAGAGGUUUUCUAAAUACCACCUGUGUGGGAACACCAUGUAUUGGGCAGGUUAUACCUCAAAUAGGAAAGAAGUAUCCAAACAGAGAAGUCGCAAUGUUUAUGUCCAGUGAUUUCUCACCAAACAUGUCUGUAUCUAAUGGUAAAGUAAAUGUUCUGGGUGGUGGAACCAUUAACAUGUUUACAGUCCAGGGAGAUACAUUCUUAUUAACAUUAAAUGCUACAAUGACUGCAUCUGUUUCACUGAAUGUGAAGAGUGAGAAGAUUUAUGGAAGUAUAAGUGAUAUGAAACUCAAACUUCAUGUUGUCAAGUCUAAUGUUGGACAGAUAAGUGAUACAGUGUUGAACUUUAUAGCUAACACAGCAAUACUUGCAUUUGCUGAACCACAGUUGAAUAAGCUUGGUGCUAAAGGUAUACCCCUACCAGUGACAGACAAUGUACAUUUUGUCAACACAGAAGUCACACUUGCUAAGGACACACUGAUGAUUGGAACAGAUCUUAAGUACCAAUGAGAUUGAAACACCAGCAUACAAUUACAAUACAAUAAUGAGUUAACAGUGGAGAAGAAAAAAGAUCAGUAAUAUUUUACAACAAAUACACAUUUCUGCUUUGUUUUUUUAUAACAUAUGCUCAAUGAGAAAGUAUUGGAUCACAAAAUGAAUUCUCAAAAUGUUUAAUUGUGUUCCAAUAUUUAUUGAUUUCAUUGGUUAGUUUAGGGAUUUUGAAAACUACAUAACUAAACAGGUUUCUACUGUUCAGAAUAUGAAAGCAUUGUUAAAGAAACCUUUGUACCAAAGACUUUAUAAGAAAUCUGAAGAGCUUGUAUCUGUGAUUAAUUGUACUCUCAUCAUAUUUCUAUUUACUGCUUUGUAAAUAAUGUCAGAUCUGAAAGUUUAAUAUUUUUUAUAAAAAAUUGUACAUUCCUCUUGAAUAUAUUGUGCCUAUGCAAAGAUGCUCUCAGGUCUUGCAGUUUUUUUUUUGUGAAUUGUUGUUCUUUAGUGAUAUUUUAUAUAUAGUUGCAUACAAUAUUUAAUGUUAUUGUUAUUGAAAAUAUGAAAGUAGACUCAAGGAAAAGGAAGUAUUUAGAAUUUUAAAGAUCACACUUAUUUGUAAGCUGAAAUGGCGGAAGAUAUGUGACACCAAUUUCAACUUUUAUUUGAUGAAAUUAAAAUCAAGUUUAAUUUUCUUCAUUUCAUUUAGAAUAAAAUGACAUUACUUUUGUAAGAUGGUUGUCAAGGUAAAAAUUCCACCAUAUGUAUUUUUAAGCUGAAUAG